CCAAGCGGGGACCAGAACCCGGGUCUCCCAAGUCCCAGUCCCUUGCUCUUAACCACCGUGCCACACUCUAAGAAUGGCUCUAUAAAUUGGAAGGGGUGGCAAAAUCGUACUCAAGCAGCAAUUUCUGAGAUAGUUGGCAUUGCCGGGUGAUUUUAAAAAAAUCUUCACUUACUCUAGAGCUGGACAACUUUUGCUUUGUUUCUUGUUUAUGUUUUGUCCAUGAGGGAAGAUAAACUUGGAGUUGUGGAAGAAAGGUUAUUUUCUCAGUUUCUCCCACCCCAUCCCACAGUCAGAGACAUUUUCUAGAUCUAUGUGUGUGUGUUUUCCAAACAUCAGAGCAUGGAAAAUGAAAAUGAGCUGUGGCGAAGUGGACGGUUUGCAGGCUGCCUUGCGUGUUGCUUAUGCUGUAUUCAGCUCUAGUGCACUUGAGCUUCAGGCUGAAGUUUUGUAAAGCAUGCAUGCACCCGUGCGCGCACACACAUCCAGAAAAGUGCUUUUUAUGUUCUCUUUCCACAUCAUGAUUACUGUGCACACCACUUCCCUGGAGAAAACAUUAUUUUUGCAGUGAUGCAGCUCAUCGCUUAGACAGAGGUUCCCAGAAGCCCAAGCUCGCAGUGGACCAUGCAGGCUGAACCUCCUGAACUUUCUCAGCAUCUGAUGGCUGGCUGGAAGAUCGGGAGUGGCAGUCCAGCACGUUGGCAGACCACGCGGGGACAGUGUCUGUGGAACCUGUGGCUACCAUGUGGCCCGUCCUCUGGGCGACUGUGCGGGCCUACGCCCCAUAUGUUACCUUCCCCGUGGCCUUUGUUGUGGGGGCGGUGGGCUACCACUUGGAGUGGUUCCUCCGUGGCCAGCCACCCCCUCUGCCCCCAGAAGCUGAGCAGAGCAUCUCGGAGAGGCGAGAGGACCGCAAACUGCAGGAGAGUGCUGGGAAAGACCUCACCCAGGUGGUCAGCCUGAAGGACAAGCUGGAAUUUGCCCCUAAAGCUGUGCUGAACCGCAACCGGCCUGAGAAGAACUAGCGGGCGCAGCCCAGGGAACACGCUCAGGCCCGCCAGAGUUUCUUCCUGUUUGGAUUUCGGUGAUUCUGAUUCGUUCCCUUUGGAUGUGUGGGUUGGCCCCGUCCUUCGGCCCCACCAGGCUGCUGAAGUGCAUUGGUGUGAAGCAAGGAGGAAUGGAGGAGGGCUCUGCAUCUGGACCUCGGCGGCACAGGAGUAUCCCGCUAGGAAGAUCUGCUCCAUUAAGAGGGGCUCCGUUGGCAUGACUCUGCAGGUGCUAGUUCUGUUCCAUGCAUUUCCUUGCUGAAGGCAGGAUUUGGCUUUCAGAAGGAGCACUCCCACCCACAGCAUGGCCCCCACCUCUGAGCAGAGAGUCCCAGUUCAGAAGGCCUCGCGGGCCCUGCGCCCUGCCUAGAAUGGGUAAACUGAAUAGUAUCUGUCCUCCAAGGCUUUGGGAUUCAAGGAGAAGCCAAAGAUCUUCACACUGCCACAACUCAGGAAACUGUACAUUUCUUUUGCAAGGAAUGUUUGUGCAUCGAAUGGGGGAAGGCGGCUGGCUUUUUGGACCCUGGGUCUGCCACUGAAAUUAAAGAAUUGAGAAUGGUUUCAAA